AUGUAUCGCGUAUGCCUAACCAUAAAAAUGGAAUAUGGAGUUUUGGGUGUACUGGUGCAGGUCGCCUUCGAGGCUGGGGCCCCAGAAACCUCUAAUGAAGAACUAGGUUCUUUCAUCUUCGCCCUUAUGGCCUUGAUAUUUGGAGGAAUUGAGGGUGGGGCCACUAAUUCUCGCAUCGUAUUACUGAACAGCCAUGGCGAAAAACUUGGGUAUGCCGAAGGCCCUCACACUAAUCAGUGGUUGAUCGGCAUGAGUGAAGCGGUAAAGCGUUUAUUCGAUCUGAUUGAUGCAGCUAUCCAUGAUGCAAAUCUGCCCCCACAAACACCUAUCACAUAUCUGGGCAUUGCGCUGAGCGGCGUGGAUAGAGAGGAUACCAAAAAACAACUACUUGCUGCCAUGCGGGCUGUUCGGCAAGAUUUCGCCGGUUCUGUCCAAAUUUGCAACGAUGCGAUAGGGUCAUUUUUGACGGCGACAGACGAACCUUCUAUCGUCCUCAUCGCUGGGACCGGAUCUGUGUGCAAGUUUGUUCGGGAAGAUUUAACUUUCGAACGAGUCGGGGGUUACGGCAGUCUUCUUGGUGAUGGUGGUGGAGGUUACUACACCGCGCAUUACCUGCUGACUAAAUUUCUGGCGAUCGAGGAACGCCUUGUGUGUUGGGAACAUGACAUUACACCAGUGAGGGAGCUAAUUUACAGCCACUUCAAUAUCAAAGAUUCCACCGGUCUCUUACCACACUUCUAUGAGCAUUUUGACAAAUCGAAAGUUGCGGCGUUGUGCCAAUUGAUGUCCCAAGCCGCUCGUGAGGGUGAACCCCUUUGUAGAAAAGCUUUUCGAAAAAGUGGCAUUCAACUGGGUCGCCAUCCGGUACUGCCAGACAGAUGCCGAUGUGGGCCAGGCGCAUCUCACCCAUCACGACCCUCCUAUUGUCGAUGCGGAUCACAUUCAACAGUAACCCAUCCACCAGCAUUUCCCAAGGAUGAGCUAGUGGUUAUUUGUUGUGGCAAAGUUUUCCGAAGUUGGGAUCUGCUCCACGAGGGUUUUCGAUCAGUGUUCGACGAGGAUACGAUACCCUUCUUACAGUGGCGAGGAACUCUGAAGCUUGUCAAACUGAAUACCACAGCCGGUUACGGGGCUGCGCGUCUGGUUGCUCGGUUGAACGCUGGUAUUGCGCUCCCGAUUCCUGCAGAUGCAACUGUACCGCUGGACACAAUAGCAAUUGAUUGUUCUGAACUCAGAUGGUCUUCUGCCAGGCAUUCUCUCAAACAAUUCCAAUAGGAUUUUGUUGCAGUUUGUUAUUUUUUUCGGCUUUUGAUUCGAAUCCCGUUUCUGUGACGUUCUCGCAAUUUCAUUGUCAUUUUUUAUUGUUUGUUCUUUGAAUUAUUUUGUUGGCAUCGUUCAAUACCGGUUAUUUUUUGGGCCAGCCUCUGGCUACCAUAUAUUUAAUUCUGCCGAC